UAUAUAUACAUAUGUACGUGCGUACUUAUUGCAUAUUGAUAAAAAUUUGUAAAAAUCCACUUGGCAAUUUACUUUAUAGGCCCCGAUAAAAAUUGCGAUGAAGAGUUGGUCAUAGAGAGGAGCAAAGGGCAAGGUAACGUUCGAUCGAAAGGACAUACACGCGCGCACAGACACACACAAACACACCAAUAGGAAUAUGCCCUGCGAAAGCUGUGGGAUUGAAUUCACGGUAUUUCGCCGUAAACGCAGCUGUUUCGACUGCAGGCGCUAUUAUUGCAGCAAUUGUCUGACUGGGGCGACGGCGGCGACGACGUUGACAUCGACGUCGCGUCGUUGCCAGCGCUGUGCAAUAUUUGCUCAACGUCCUUUGCUGCGCACGGAUUUGCUAAAGUUAAAGCCGAAGGAUUUAAUAUUCUAUUUGCAAUCCAAACACAUUUCCACUGAAGGCUGUCUGGAGAAGGAAGAACUGGUUGGUCUGGUGCUGACGCAUGUCGCUCAAUCGGAUCGAGAGAGAGGCUGUCCGCCUAAUCAGAACCAGAGUCCGGGUCGUGGCCAAGCCAAUCCCAUGGACAGUUUGAAGCAAACGUGCCAAAACUUUUUCACCAAUCUAAGUGACAAUAUCAGUGAUUCCUUAGCGUCCUUUGACACAAAAUCAAGUUCAAAAUCUACGUCAAACAGUCGCCAGGCAUCCAAUGAUAAUGGAGCAACAACUCCACCCACACACAUUUUUGAGCAGCCGCGCGUGUCCACAAGAGAAAUUCCAACGUAUGCCAGUGCUGGCGGUGUCCAGCCGACGCCUGUCCGCACGCCUAGCAUACCGCGAACCAACUCCACAGAGGUGGCGCAUGUGCAUGUCAGUCCAUCAACAUCCUCGACGCAUACGACAACAUCGCCCACGGCCACGCAGGAGCGCAGAACUUUGGCCACAGAGGCGGCCCGACUGCUGCAACAGGCUGAGCCUGACAACUCGGAGUGUGAUUGCUCGGAUGAUGAGAUCAUAACCACGUUCAGUGAGCGUACAUCGCUUAAGAAUAGCGAGAACAGCGCUGGGCCGGCCAGCAGGCCAACGUUGGAGAUCAGCUCCGCGGCUCAAACACCGACCACAACAGCAAUAGCAACGGCAACCACGGCUACGGCAACAACAACAGCCACGACAAGCACCAGUCCAGGCUAUUCCAAGCAGGGCUCACUCAGCUCCAAAGUGGAUGCCUGCGGUGCAGACGCCUCAUCCCAAUCCAGCUUCGAGGAGCUCGGCGCCAUUGGCGGCAUCUCCGAUGAGAGCAAGGCUACGACCGACACGAACAGCAGCAACUUGGAUCAGUGGCAAAUACUUGAGCAAACAAGUAGCAGUCAGCCGCCACAGCAGCAGCUGCUGCAGGACCAGCAGCAACAGCAGCAAGAGGUUGAUGCAGUCAAUGAUGAUGAGAUUCUGCAGGUGACGCUGCAUACAGAACCGCAGCCGCCACAGCGUGUUAAGAAGGUGACACGACGACGCUCCGAGGGUUAUCUGAAUCGUCGCCAUCAAUCCAGCGAUGAUGAUGACGAAUCACCGGUGGCUCCUCUCCACGGCUUGGCACUGAGCACGCUCAGCGAACAGCCGGAGCCGGCGCUAGGUGCUGUGGCAUCCAAUAGCUGUCAGCGUUGCGGCAAGAAUAAGACGAACAUCAGGCGACAUGUGGAUAAAAUGCGCCGACAUUUGGAGAAUUCCCAAAUGUCCGAGGCGGACAUUAAGCGUGAGCUGCAAGAGUUUCUCAGCUACCUGGAGCAGCGUACCAAGUCUCUGGAGUGCUCCGAUGCGGACAGUCACGCUGUUUCGCCGUUGAGCAGCGUCGAGGCAGGUGCGACAGGUGUUGCGCAUCCAAUGCCUAUAACUCCUACGAUUGAGUUUUCGCCCACGCAGGAUGAUCACGAGACGCACUGGGAGGACGAUGAGGGCAUCCAUGUGUAUGCCUCGCCCUUGGGCUUUGAGCCGCCCAACAGCUUGGAUUCGCGCUUCGUGAACCUGGAAGAGUUUGAGGAUAGAAAAGACUUGGAGAACUUGACUGUGAAACAGUUAAAGGAGGUGCUAAUGUUGCAUCGCGUCGACUACAAAGGAUGCUGUGAGAAACAGGAGCUGCUCGAUCGCGUAUGUCGAUUAUGGAAGACGUUGCGAACAGCGCCAGCUGUUGAAAAACUAGCCACAGACGAGCUGUGCAAGAUCUGCAUGGAUGCGCCCAUUGAGUGCGUGUUUCUGGAAUGCGGCCACAUGGCGACCUGCACCAAUUGCGGCAAGGUGUUAAACGAGUGCCCGAUUUGUCGACAAUAUAUUGUACGAGUUGUAAGAUUCUUUAGGGCGUAAUAUUCUAAAUUUUGCAGCCAAUAUAUAGCAUUGCUUAUUAUAGUUCUUCUUGAUUUGUACAAUAUAUAUAAACAAUCGGUUAGGGCCAAGUGAUUUGUAGCUCUGUACAUAUUGAGAGUAUGUAAAAGGUAAUAUUUAAGCACUGGAUGUGCUUUA